AUGGCAGCCAUGUCACGGGGAACCCAAGGAAAGCCAGCCCCGAAGCUGCUGAACUCAAGAAAAGCGCCAAAGCGAGUAAAGGGCGGCACCGAAUCGACGCGAAACCACACCUUCAAGGGCUUCUCCCAGCGCAUUGCGCAAAUCAAGAUUGAGCCUGUUCGCCGCGGUCGCAGCACGAUCCUCGACGAUGCCGAACUCGAAGCCACCUUCUCAUACUUUAGAGACGCCUUCAACGAAUGGAGGGAGCUCAAUUUGUCCGAGGGAUUCUCCAUCUUUGCCCGCCGAGUCGCGUCACUAUGCGACAGCCUCCCGCAGGUUCUCCACCACAGCGAUCGCAUUAUGGAGCUGCUCAUCGAAUACAUAGAGAAAGGAGAUAAAUUCGCAGAAGAACCACUGCUGAGUCUGUUGGCGCAUCUGGCGCACGAUCUUGGGGAACGAUUCGAAAAGCACUUCGAACAGGCUGUCACGGUCGUGGCGCGUUUGGCAGCCACCCAUGCUGACGUGGAAGUGAUUGAAUGGAGCUUUGCAUGUUUGGCUUGGCUGUUCAAAUACCUCUCCCGGUUACUGGUGCCGGAUCUCAGACCCGUGUUCGAUCUCAUCUCGCCUCUGCUGGGGAAAGAGCGUCAAAAGGCAUUUGUCUCGCGAUUCGCCGCUGAAUCACUGAGCUUCUUGAUCCGCAAAGCUGGCGCCGGUUACCAUAGGGACAAGACGCCCCUGCGAUUAAUCGUCAGCCAUAUCUCGAAGCAAGUGGAGGAUUUACAAGGCUCCGCGAAGGACUACGACUUCCAGAAUGGCCUGAUGUAUCUACUGGCUGAUUCCCUGAAGGGCGUACAAAGAGGCUUCCACUCGAGCGCCCCGGCCAUCUUACAAGAACUUUUGGCGGAGACUUACCGCGAAGAGCACGCUAGACUCCGCAGCCCACCUCUCGAACCUAUCCUCGCAGGCGUCCUCACUGCGAUCAUCCACCACACUGAUGCGGAGAACUUCGAACCAUUACUUGGAGAAGUUCUUGCUCAGAUCGAGUCUAUCGUAUCAAACCGAGAAUACUCAGGGCUAUCCGCGCGCCUGCUAUUUGUCGUUUGCGGUGUACGACAGGGCACACGGAUAUUGGACUGGAGACCUGUUCUGCAAUGCACUGACCUCCUUUUCAAAUCCGUUCAAGGCACCGACCUAGAUGCUGAGAUUGCCUGGGACAUGCUCUCCGCUGUCUCAGUUGUCUUCCAAUACUGCGCCCUGGAUGCCUCAAUUCCGUAUGAAAAGCUCCUGGAAAUGCUAAGUCAGGGAUCAUGGGAGAAAUUAUUCCUUCCGUUUUGCAUUUUGUUUGCGAGCCUCGGUGUGGACCGCUUCAAGUCGCUGCUGCUCCCAUAUUUCAAAAGCGGCUUAAUAUCCAAAACAGCUUUGCAGCCUUCCGAGCGCUGGCAAGAUCUCCUGGUCCAACCAUUUGAGCAGCUCACCAAGGCUGCGAGACUUAGUCAAGAGUCAUCUCAGCUGGCCCACUACUGCAACGCCUUGCUAGACACGACUCUCGUACUUAACAUCAAGCAAGAACGGGUAGGCAAACUACAAAGGGAUCUUGGGGAUCUAUUGAAACGCUCCGUGAAGAUCGAUGAUGCCGAAUCCCUACAGCCGGUCGACUUGUUUGCUCUCGGUGCCGGAUUUCAUUUCUUUGUAGAGCACAGCACCGACAAGAAGUCCGUAGCGGACCUUUGGCCUGAUCUUUGCCAAGUGUCUUUGAGAUGUGGCCAUUCUGUGUCAUUUUGGAGAGCCCUGCUUGUCUUGGCGAAGAAAGAAAAGGAUAGUCUCUCCUUGCAAGGAUCACACAUUGACUCCUUGAAGAAAGCAAUUAUGCGCUGCCUAGGUUCGCCUUCUCACGAGUUGAGGCUCACCGCACUCCACAUUCUGGACCUUCUGGCUGGGAAGAGCGAAGACUUGCGACAUAUCAUUUCUGUGGCAACCCUGAUUGAACAAACGCCACUCACACUGGAACACCAACGCUCCAUUUCCAUGCGCGUGGGACAGCUCGCAAAGCUUUACCCAUCAGUUUCUUCCGAUGAGUGGAUUGGAGAAGCAAUGCCAAUGUUCUGUUUCGGUCUGCUGCAAGUUCGCCUGGCCUCUGUUUGGGAUGACGCUUGCUCAGCUUUGAAAGCCAUUUGUGAAACCAAGGAUGGAGAAAGUCAUGUUACACAAAUCGCUUUCGAUUGGCUCAAAACUUCCGUUGAUCCUGACGCUGUUAUGAUGGCCGCCUCAAGCAACAACGCUGCACCACGCCGCUAUGUCACUGAGUUCGAGUGCACGAAUGUUGCUGAGAUACAAGAUGUUGUUUCGCGCACCGAAUCACUUUCCGGAGAUGUUCAAGGCCAACUCGAAUCCAUGUUCCGAGAAAAGCAUGCCAGGAUACCUUUUGUCAAUUCUUCUAGCCGGAGUCAGUCUCUCAGGCUGCUCAAUACUCUCCCACACAUUGCCGAGAAACGGUCGCGCCUACUGGUACCAAUCCUGCUUGAUUGGGCACUCGAUCAUCCAGCGCCGGUUUUGGAAACUGAUGAUCAUGUCUCCGAAGACACACAGCUUGAUCUAGGACAACGUUGGGUGAGAAAAGACCAGAAAGCCAUGCUUUCGCUUUUCUCAAAAUUCAACAACCCAAAAGUGCUGUAUCGAUCGGAUGAGGUUCGCGAAGCUCUGCUAACGUUGCUGGGCAAUGGCGAUCUUGAGAUCCAAAAGGCUGCGCUCCAAGCACUCUUGACCUGGAAGGACCCUGCCAUAUCUCCAUACAAAGAGGAUCUGAUGAAUCUACUCGACGACGCCCGGUUCAGAGAUGAGCUGCCCGUGUUUCUUAGCGAAGGCGAGAUCCAAGACUCAGACCUGGAACGUAUCAUGCCGAUAGUUCUCCGCCUCUUGUAUGGCAAAGUCAUUGCCGGAAAGCGAGGACUAGAGUCGAAGAGAAAAUCUGUCUUUGUGAGCUUGAAGACACGAUUCGGAGACGACGCUAUUCGCCAGUUCUUACGCAUAGCAUUCGGGCCCCUGGGUGGCAUAUCAAUUCUAAAGGACGCUUCCCGAAGUCUAUCUUCCAUACCAACCGCACAAGAGAGCGAAGACGAGCCCGAAGGCCGAACUAUGAAGCUUUCACUUCUCAAGACAGUGCGCCAGCGCUCACUACACAUUCUGGCACGCUUGUCUGAGAGCUGUCCAGAGCACGGCUGGCACCCUUACUCGGCAGCCAUCGUGCACGAGCUGAUCGAACCUAGACUUGAGAACUUACCCAUAGAGACUGCGCAGUCCGUGUCUGGCCUUCUGCGGUUAUUUGCUGCUUGGGCCAAGUCUCUUUUGACUGCACCUUUCUUGGUCGAGCACAACGAAAGGAUUCUAAAGAAGGUCAUCGAAUGCCUGGAGGUUCCUUCCGCAAAGGACGAAGUCAGGAAAUUUGUGUUGGACGACAUCCUGGGUAGCAUCAUUCGGCUCGUGGUCAGCGACAAUGAGACACCAGCGACUGAGACCAAGAUCUUGAUCAAUCGCAUACAUACAGACAUCAUUCAACCUUACUCCAACGCGAUACUCAGCAAGGUUGGUGCUCUCCUGCGACAAAGUCCUAGCAAAGAAGUGCUCGAGUCUGGGGUCCAAACCGUCGCGGAUAUGGCACCACAUAUCGUCGGUUCUACUGAAUCACGCAGUAUGAUUGAGAUCGCCACGUUCCUCCUCCGACAGCCUUCAAAGCGAGUGAACCCUCGGACCAAAAUGGGGCUUUUGAGGAUCUUGCAUGAGUUCAUCCAACGCUACGAAACCGAGGGUGUAGACGAGCUGUUCGACAAUAUUUUCGACGCAAUCUGCCCGAUGUUCGCCUUUGUUCAAGACCGAACGGCCAGGGUCCUUCUUUGUGACAUUAUACAAGAUCUUGUGCAAGCUAGGGAAGAGUUGUCGCAUGUUGCGAAACUAUGUCAUGAUCUCAAUUCUUUCGCAAAGUCUCGCCUGGACGAACCUGAUUUUGAGCGUCGCUCGGGCGCGUUCAACGAGAUCAACGACGAAGCCUACAAAUCGUACUCCCUUGCCCAGUGGAAGCCACUGGUAUACAACAUGCUCUUUUCGAUCAAGGAUAACGAUGAGUUGAGCAUCCGUACGAAUGCUGCCCUGUCUCUUCGCCGCUUCGUAGAAGUCUCCGACAGAACAGAUCUCAAGGACUUUCUCUCUGUGGCCAUCUUGCCUGGCAUCCAGAAUGGCAUGCGCGAGUCCUCAGAGCUUGUACGAGCGGAGUUUUUAGCUGUCCUUGAACAGCUCGUGAAACAGCAUAGCCAGUGGCCGCUGGUUGCCGACAUGCACGUUCUGCUUUCAGAAGACGACGAAGCAUCGUUCUUCAGCAACGUGCUGCAUAUUCAGGGACAUCGUCGACUCAGAGCCCUCCGUCGUCUCGCCGCCAAUGCCUCACACAUCAAGAGUGGCAACAUCUACCACAUACUGCUGCCACUUCUCGAACACUUCGUCUUCAACAAAGCCGACGACGAAAGCGCAGAUGGCCUCUCGGGUGAGACGAUUAAGACCCUCGCGGCUUUGGUUGAAUGGCUUGAGUGGCCUCAAUUGCGGUCUUUGUUGAAGCGCUACAUCGGCUAUCUGUCAAGUAAGGAAGACAUGCAGAAGCCUAUCAUCAAGCUCAUUGUUGGCUUGAUGGAUGGGCUAAACCGGGCAGGACGUGCCAAGGGCUAUGUUAUCACUGCCAGUGCGACAGGCAAGGCCGAUGCCGAAACGUCCGAAGUAAAUGGUGACAUCGAUGCCAUGGAAAUCGAUCCGCCAAUAUCCUCACUGACUAGGACGCUCCCUCAGCAGGAAAAGCUGACCAAUGAUCUCAUCAACCACUUCCUGCCCGAUCUUACAGAGUAUCUCCACAAGAAAGACGAUGCUACUGUCAGUUUGCGAGUGCCCGUUGCAAUUGCCAUCACCAAGGUUCUGCUUGUACUGCCACCUCAGGAAAUCGAGGCCCGCCUCCCUGGAGUGUUGCUCGACAUCUGCUACAUUCUGAAGAGUCGUGCACAGGUCAGUCGUGAUAUGUCCCGCAAUACGCUUACCGAAAUCGCGACAGUCAUGGGCCCUGGUUAUUUAGGUUUCAUCCUCAAGGCCCUUCGAACGGCUCUGCAACGAGGUUACCAGCUUCACGUGCUUUCUUUCUCGAUGCAUCAUAUCCUUGUAAAGCUCUCCGACCAGCUUAAACCCGGCGAUCUUGACUACUGCCUCGGAGAUAUUGUAGAUGUCAUCAUGGACGACACCUUCGGCAUCACUGGUCAAGAGAAAGAUGCCGAGGAGUAUAUCAGUCAAAUGAAGGAGGUGAAGAGCAGUAAGAGCUUCGACUCUAUGGACAUUGUUUCUCGGUCUGCCACUCCCGCGCAUCUCAUCAAACUCGUCAUCCCGAUCAGGUCGCUCUUGUUAGAAAAGCUCAACGCGAGAAUGGUGCAAAAGAUCGAUGAGUUGCUACGACGAAUCGGCAUGGGUGUACUACAGAACCCGACAGUCAACAACAGGGAUAUACUGGUCUUUUGCUAUGAGCUCAUUCAAGAGGUCUACAAAGCCAGUGCCGCAACCGAUAAGAAGAGCAAGAUUGAUCCAAAGAACAAGCGCUAUCUGAUCAACAUGAGGGGUGCAGCAAAGUCCGGCGCUCGGCUCUCGACCUCGUCAUACGUAUACAAGCUCACGCGGUUUAGCCUCGACAUUCUCCGGACCGUUCUACGAAAGCACACAGAACUUCAAACUCCACAAAAUCUAGCUGGCUUCUUACCAGUCAUAGGCGACGCUAUGGUUCAAGGACAGGAAGAAGUGCAAGUAUCAGCGGUGCGCCUUCUGACCACCUUUAUCAAGAUUCCCAUGCCGGAGCUAGACACCAAUUGCCCGGUCUACAUUGAUGAAGCAAUACGCGCUAUUAAAGGAGCACCCUCAUCUAACACCGAGCUAGCUCAGGCAUCUUUGAAGCUUGUGUCAGCCGUGCUUCGUGAAAGACCCAACGUGGAUAUCAAGGAUCGGGACAUUGGCCAUCUCAUCAAGCGCCUGGUACCCGACUUGGACGAGCCAGACAGACAAGGUGUCUCGUUUGGAUACCUCAAGGCUGUCAUGAACCGCCACUUUGACAUCCCCGAGAUCUAUGAAGCCAUGGACAAGGUGGCCGAGAUGAUGAUCACGAACCAGACCAAGUCCGCCCGAGAUGUUGCUCGAAGCCAUUACUUCCAGUUCCUGACGUCAUACACACAGAGCGAGAAGCGGUUCAAGAAGCAAAUGGAGUUCCUUCUUAAGAACUUGCGCUAUGAACAUGUCGAAGGCCGGCAAUCAGUUAUGGACGCCCUUGAUCUGAUCAUCACUAAGGCUCUUCCGAGGUUUCCCGAGAAGACGCAAUACGAUUACCACGGCAUGAUGUUUCUCCCUUUGAUCAAUACGGUGGCGAACGAUGACUCAAGCAAGUGUCGAGAGCUGGCAAGUCUGUUGGUCAAGAGACUGUUCCAGCACUCCAGCGAUAAGCGGCUACAGAGCUUUACUGACGACCUAAAAUCAUGGUUGGAGCAAGAUCAGAAUGCAGGACUCAGGCGACUGGGCAUCCAGUGCUGGGGGUUUUAUUUCGAAGCCAUGGCCGAGGAUGAUGAGGAGCCAAAGAUGCUGUCCAACAUUCUGGGACACCUCGACACGAUAAUCGACGAAUGCUUGGCCCGACGAGACGAAGAUGACUGGGAGCUGUUGUACUACUCGCUCACGCUAUUGUCAAAGGCGGUCAAGAAGUAUCCGGAUACAAUGUUCACUUCGAGCAAGGAUAGCCUGUGGAUCGCGAUACAGGCGAGCACUUCGUAUCCCCACGCGUGGGUCAAGCUCAAAGCCGCUGAACUGAUGGGCACAUACUUUGCCCAUCUUGGAACAGCGAACAAAGAUACCGGUCUCGAAGCGCUGCCAUUAGAGGGUUCUGGUGGACUGCAACUGGCGGAACAGAGCAUGAUACAGUUAACGAAUGCUUUCUUGAAGAACUUGCUAAACCAGGAGGUCACAGAUCAGCUCUGUACACAGAGUGUUAAGAAUAUUGCAUUCCUUGCAAGAUGCUUUGCUGUGAAUGGAGCCAAGUGGCACUGGCAGAAGGCUGACGGUGAGGAAGAUGAGGAAGAUGCUGUCAUCGGAGAGGCAAACACUACCAAUGGCGACACCGCGCCGUCAGAUGACGACUUUGGCGGCUUCUCUCCCCAGCCCGAGAGCACGCCGAAGAAGAUGAACAAUGCUCCUCCAGCAGCCAUCCACCGCCUCAUGAUUCGACUUUCCGGCCUCGUCCGCCGCGACAACCGCUCUAUGCUCGCCAAAACCUCCACCAUUCAUCUCCUCGAGACCGUCUUUGCCAAGUUCCCACUUGAACCUCUUGCUUCCUCCCUCCCCCACGUUCUCACAACACUCAACACGCUCGUCGACCCCGCGACCACCAUUCCCCGCGCUCACACAAACCCGAUGACUCUCAACGAACCCAACGAACAGUACAAGUCGCUCAUCGAUAAGGCGCGAGAGAUUAUGAACAUGCUGCAGAAGCGCAUGGGCACGCAAGAAUACUUGAAGGUCAUGAGCGAGGUCCAGAAGCUGAUCCGUGAGAGGAGAGAGGAGAGGCGCAGAAAGAGGAAGGUCGAGGCCAUUGUUGAUCCUGAGAGGGCGGAGAAGGAGAAGAGGAGACGACAUGACGUCAAGAGAGUCAAGAGGAAGGAGAAGGGCAUUGAGAGUCGGGGCAUGCGACGAGGAUGGUAG